AUGAAUGAAGAGAAUCAAAUUCUUUUCAAACACGGAUAUUAUACACAAAUUUUCGAAUCAUCUGAAAAAAAUCUGUUGUUCGACCGUAACUUUUCUCAUAUCUUAAUUGUUUAUUUUACUCACAUCAUUAACCCAUAUAUUGCUUUAUCUCUUUCAUUUUCUACAUCAUUUCUUGUUGAUAUUGUUCAAGCAGAAGUUUUAUCAACAUCUUCGAAUACAUUAACAUUUCGUGGAAAUUCCAUCGAACCUAAAUUUAUGGAAACUUAUACGAAAUUAAUUGGUGAAACAUAUUUAUGUGAAACAUUGACACGUUUUGUAACAGAUAUUGUUUCAUUAAAAAAUUCCAAUGAUAUUAAUUUAGAAGUUGAUUCCGAUCGGAGAGAAUAUUCAAUAGUUCAUUCAACUGUUGCUGAUCUAUUCGAACAAAUUGAUUUAAAUACUCAUCAAACAUUAAAUGAAUUAACAAAUAUAAAAUUUUGUCAUUCAACAAUACAAAAUGAUACACAAAUACAUUUACAUCAUGAUUCAAUAUCAGCAUCGUCAACAAUAACAACUGUUGAAAAUCUUAAUAAAGAAGAUAUUCAUAUACCAUUCUCUUUUAAAAAGAAGAACAUAUACAGAUUUGUUGAUAGUCUUUGUAUUGAAUCUCUUAAAAGUUCAUCUUCUUCUUCUUCUAAACAAUCUCUUGUUUAUUUAACUAAUCGACAAUCUUUACAACAACAAUCAUUAUUUGUUUUAAAUAAUGGUUAUAUGGCAAGAAGUACACAAAACUUAACAUCAUCACAUAUAAAUACAUCAAUCACAACAAAAAAUUCCUCAACAUCAACAACUUAUUAUUGUGUAAAAACAAAUGAUGAAUUUAGUGGAACAACUAAAAGACAAUAG